CAACAGCAUCAGCCCUCCCGCGACGCGUUUCUAUCAGGCAUCCCUCCACACUCCUCUCCAGAAACACAGAACAGAGCGUACGAACAACAUCAGAUCGCUUAUUAAUCCUUCUUUGUAGAUAUAUUUUGGGAGUUUAAGAUGCUGAGUACUGUACUGAAACAAGUGAGAAGCCACCCGGCGUUGAUUCCUCUCUUUAUCUUCAUCGGUGGUGGAGCGACCAUGUCUAUGCUUUACCUGGGCCGUAUCGCACUAAAGAACCCCGACUGCUCAUGGGAUCGCAAGAACAACCCAGAGCCUUGGAACAAACUGGGGCCAAAUGAGCAGUACAAGCUCUUCACGGUCAAUAUGGACUACUCUAAAUUAAAGAAGGACAGGCCAGACUUCUGAGCAGAGCCCAGUGAAUCAGAUGGGUGUGUUAAACGCUGCACUUCCUGCCCUGAAACGCGUCUAACACGUCAUCGGAUACCAGAUCUUAUCUGUGAAUGUGAAUCCCCAUUUUAAAUUAUUAAAGAUACUGAAAGGGAGCACGUACACAAGCUGUAUGAUCUGAAUGUCUUUCUUUAAUCAGAAACAAUAUUUUGUACAGAUAAUAAAUAUUGACACCUCACUUAAAUGCAUCACUAAACCUGUAUCAAUAUCAUCUGUGAUGAUAUUCCUGUUUCCAAAAUAAACAAGACAGACAGCAAUAAUAUAAGUGUUUUGUGUGUGUGAAACGUCCAGUUCUGCAGUGUUUUUACUGUUAAAAAAUUAUAUAUAUAUAUAUAUAUAUAUAUAUAUACAGUUACACCAAAUUUAUUCAGACACCUUUUUUCACAUUAUUCGGUUUUAGGACAAAUUUAAUGAAAGGUUUUGAUCCACUUUAAAUGUUGACUGCUGUAGUUUAGAAAAUAAAAAAAAAAAAAAAAAAAAAAA